GUUUAAAGCUCUGAGCAUGAAUUUUGUGAGAAUAAUUUUAAUUUGCCUUUAAAAUUGCUGCAGUAGACAAGUAUUUUGUGAAAUUAGACUAAAAUUGUGUCAACAAAAGCUUGACAGGACAAAAAAUGGCAAUAAAGUUGUGCUUCAUCAUUUGCCUGAUCUUCAUCUGCUUCAAAGAAUCAUCAUCAUUAACAAACAUUGAAUGCACCUUCGGUCCGAGCAGUUUCGUCUACACAAUCCUAGGCUACAUCUACCAAUGUGAAGUCAAAAACAAUCCCAACAUAAUCUCACCAGAAUCAGCUUACGUCAACUCAAUUUAUGGAGCACAUGGAAUGUCAAAGACAAACGACAAUGUCCUCGGAUUUUAUGCAAAUCAAAAAACUAUCAAAUAUUUUCCAUCAAAUUUGCAUAAAUUUUUCAAAAAUCUCAAAGCUAUUCAUUUGGAUCCAUCACAGCUGCAGGAAAUUCAUCAAUCAGAUCUUAAAUAUUUUCCAGAUUUGAUAUAUUUUGACUUGGUUUACAAUUCAAUUGAGGUCAUUGAGGAAGGACUUUUUAAGUUUAAUCCAAAGUUGCAGUUUGUGAGGUUUUAUGAGAGCAAGAUUGUUCAUAUUGAUCCAAAUGUCUUUGAUAGUUUGGAUAAGUUGAAUUAUUUUUAUUUUCAUACUGUUCCUUGUAUUAAUGAUAAUAUUGCAUCGAGGGACAAGGUUGUGGAUGCCAUAAAAGCUAUUAAGGUUAAAUGCACAAGCAAUGAGUACUUGGACUUAGAGCAAAAGAUAAAGAACCUCGAAGAAGAAUCAAAAAUCUUAAAUCUUGAAGAUUUCAAUCAAAAACUUAAGAAUUUUGAGAAUAUUUUCAUCAAUUCUAAGUUUUCUAAGUUCCAACCGUUAAAAGAAAAGUUUGAGAACCUCAAAAUGACUAGCGGAUGCUCUAAUUGUGCUCAAAUGAUUAAUUGUCGUGAAGCCAGCAUUCUCACAUCAGACUUUCACAGUGAAACCCAUGUAUUAAUGCUGGUCGUAUCGCUGUGGAAAACAAGCAAUGACUUAAAAAACAUUACUGGAAGGUUUGAUGAUGUUGUGGCUUCCUGCAAUGCUAAAUUGGUUGCUAAUUUCAAACCAUUACAAGACACUCUAACUGAAUACUUAGCUGACUCACAAGUCAAAUUUGUGGAGCUCAAAGAGAAAUUGGAAAGUAUUGAGCAACAUUUGAUGAGUUUUGAGGUUAGAAAUACUGAAAAACUUGAAAAGGAGCUCGCCAACACGCGUCAUAAAAUUGGAAUUAAUUUUGAUGAUAAAACCAAGGAAAAUGAGAAGCGCUUAAUAAGCAAGUUUGAAGAAGUCAUUGACGAAAAAUUAGGAAAACUGAUUGAGGAAAAGUUGAAAGACGUUUUGAAUGCGAGGUUUGGAAUUAAGUAG